AUGGGCAAAUUUUUCAAGAAGAAUGCGCUCAAGAACAGCGAUAGCGCUAGGACUCGGGCUGCAGAGUUGACGCUGCGCCAAUCGCUGCUUCCCCUGUGUCUCGUCACUGUUCUGUUCUUCCUAUGGGGCUUCUCCUAUGGUCUCAUCGAUACUCUCAACAAGCAUUUCCAGGAGACGCUCGGCAUCACCAAAUCUCGUUCCUCUGGACUCCAGGCUGCCUACUUUGGCGCCUAUCCUUUUGCUGCGCUUGGCCACGCCAACUGGCUCUUGCGCCAUUACGGCUACAAGGCCGUCUUUAUCUGGGGUCUAGUUCUGUUUGGCAUUGGCUCCCUGGUCGCAUGGCCAUGCAUUGUGUACCGUUCUUUCGGAGGCUUCUGCGCCGCAAUCUUCGUCAUCGGUAACGGACUUGGAUCUCUCGAAACUGCUGCGAACCCCUAUCUCACAGUCUGCGGGCCUCCAAAGUACGCAGAAAUUAGGAUCAACCUCGCCCAGGCUUUCAAUGGUGUUGGUACCGUCGUAGCUCCUGUCUUGGGAUCAUACGUCUUUUUCAAGGACACCGGCGACAGUGCUGAGUCUUUGAGGAACGUGCAGUGGACCUACCUCGCCACUGCUGUUUUCGUCUUCCUUCUGGCCAUUGUGUUUUACUUCGCCCCCAUUCCUGAAGUGACUGAUGCCGACAUGGCAUUCCAGGCUGAGGAGACUCGUGCUGGCACUGACGACAAGCCUUUCAGAAGACAAUACCGUUUGUUCCAUGCCACCUUUGCCCAGUUCUGCUAUGUCGGAGGUCAGGUGGCCAUCGCCGGUGCAUUCAUCAACUAUGUCACUGAAGUCAAGGGAACCAGCUCUGCCACGGGUGCACGCUACCUCGCCGGUGCGCAAGGCACUUUUGCACUGGGUCGGUUCGCUGGUUCAGCCAUGAUGAAAUUCAUGAAGCCGCGUUGGAUUUUCCUAGUCUACAUGACUCUGAGUGUCAUAUUCCUUGUUCCCACCAUCACAGAACGCGGCAACCCAGGCCUAAUUGUGCUUUACCUGGUGUUUUUUUUUGAAUCCAUCAUCUUCCCUACCAUCGUCGCUCUCGGUAUGCGCGGUCUAGGCCGCCAUUCCAAGCGCGGAUCCGGGUUUAUCGUCGGAGGUGUCUGUGGCGGCGCAGUCGUUCCCCCCCUACUGUUUGUUGCUUCUGACUCUCAGAAUCACAAGUCUUCCGCCCCUACCGCCGUUGCUAUGGCAGUGCCUCUGGCAUUCUACAUCGCAGCCUGGUCCUACACUCUAUGUGUCAACUUUGUGCCGGCGUACAGAAAUGUCGCCGACAGCUUCAGCGAGACCAAUAUUGGGCUGGACCCUCACCGUGCUGCUGACGAAGAGACUCAGAGCAAAAAUAACGAUGUUUUUCGCAACGCACCUAAAGAUGUUCCUGUGCAUGCAGAGAAGGCUAUUCUUUAAGAGAACUAGCAAGUACAAUCAAUGCACCCUACGGGCGAAAGAAUCAAUAGGCAGGACAAGAUCCUACUGGAAGGCACCCUAUUAUAGUCUAC